CGUCGUUGGUUUGGUAAGUAUCCUGUGUUAGAAUGUUGUUAUUAAUUCAACCACUAACGAUCCAUUACUAUAGCUCUUAUACUGUUCCAUUAGUACCAUAGUCACGUGGAAUCACAUCCUACAGCUAAUGCUUCAUUCAUCAUAGAACGUGCAAAUGAAAAACAACAAGGCAGUCGUUCGAGUUACAAUUUUCAAAGGUCCAAUUAGCAGUCUAACAAGGCUAUUUACGCCUUCGGUAAAAAUGAGAAUUUCUCGUAAAAUUCCGCACCGAAAUGCGACCAGUUGAGUUUCAAAAUGGAAUCUGUGUCAUCUUCUAUUCACAGUUGCUCAUUAUGCGAAAAUCGUAUCAACUUAUCCGCAGAAUGUUGCUGUAAGGACUCGGAAGAAGAUAUAUUUGAAAUUAAAGAGGAUAGACUGUUAAAGCGAUGUAAUCUCGAAUCCGGUGACAAAGUUUGUGCAAAACACCUCGAGAAAGUAAAGAGUGGGAUCAUCUUUGGAGGAAGCGGGAUCGGAUGUUGCGCUCCUUUUCAUUUGGGAACACCGUCGGGAAAAAGGCUUCGAUCCGUACCUAAGCCAUGGAGGCCUCACUUCGAGAAAAGCGAGCCAAGCCCUAGACAGAAUCAAAGGUAUAUGCCAACUCUGCAAAUUUGCGACCAGUGUUAUAACAUUACAAUGGAUAUUAUGCAUAGUGCCAAUAAACCGGAUGAUGACGACGUCACAGAUAGUGAUUAUGACGUAAUAAUUUCAUCGCCUCAAAACAAGUACAUGAGCCCACGGAAAUGGGUAAGUUCGUUAUCCAUGCAAUGUAUGGGUGGCAGCAACUCUGGGAGCACUUGGUCAUUAUCGUCCACACAAUCUUCCCGUACGCAACCUACUGGAGAUUUCUUAUCAUUAUACGCAGCGCAUACAGAGAAUCCGAGUCUCCCUCAGCCAAUACCUGAUUCGAUACGAAGAUUUUUCAGACACAAGUCGAAAACGCCUGUGAAUUUUAAUGGCUUCGAUUCGUUCAGCAAUAUUUCGACUGAUUCUGAAACGCCAAGAAAAAGGAUGCUUAGACGGGUGAGCACUGCGAGUUUGAAUUUAAAAUCGCCGGAUUCAGAAGAAAAAGAAGACGAGAAACGCUUGUGUUUUAAAAUCAAAGACGAAAAUGACGUCAUAGUAUCUUCGGCUCACGUCUCGCUUGAGCGAACACCGUCACCGACCAAUCAGAGCGCGAGUAGCAAAAGACAGGCUCAGAAAAUAAGCCCGCCAGAAAAAGAAGGCGAUGAAAUUCUCUCCAACGAAAUGUUGACGAACAGUUGUGAUUCGGGCUGCGUUGAAGCUCAAAAAUCGAUGCUUGAGUUAAACUUGGACGGUCCUGCCAUCAUUAGCGCUCAAGCCCCUUCCGGAAUCGCAGCGCCUGGAAAAAUCGAUAUUGCUGAUGUUAAGCCAGAAGAAAUUCAAAUUCCAGACGACUCUAUUUGUUGUGUGAACGUUGAGUGCGACGGACGCGUGAAAACUACUCUGGAAAUGGACAUUUCUGACUUUCAGUAUUUUUCAACGAAAAUUGCACCGGACGGGCAACAGGACCAACAGAAAACAGCGCAAGAAACUUACAUGGAUAAUUUGGCGGAAAGUUUGUCCGGAGAAGUCGUUUCUUUCGUCUUGAACCGGUUUUCUCCUAAAAAGAAUGAAGAGUCGCCCACAGGCGCCGAGCAGCAAGGGGCGAACGUAGAAACAUUUUCCGGCGCCCUUGCCCAUAACAUUGUACAGUUUGUGUUGUAUAAAAGCGCGAAUAAGAAAAGAGAGGAUUCUUGUGACCAUGAAAGUGCAACAGUCGUUCAAACUUAUGGAGACAAACUGUCUAAUGCAAUUCUACGAGAUGUAAAACAGGCCCUUCGUAAAGUGAACUCGUGCGACCGCUGCGGCGAAGUCUUGUUGAGAGAAUGCGCUAACGUAGUUAUGUACGCACAACAAGCGGCUGAGGUUAUUACCAGCACGGCGUUAAAAGAAAUUGUCAGUCGCGAGAACUUAAAACAGCCGCUAGAAGAAAGGGCGGCAAACGCCUCUGUUUUAGAAGCAUACCGUGAUACGAAAAUAGCUGAAGAAACCAAGGCAUAUUUCGAAAACCUCCCGAAAAACAAGGAAAACAUAUUAACGUCCUGGGUCGAGGAUAAAAAGUGUUUCCGUUCCGUGAUUUCUGUAAAGGUAAACGGAUACUCAAAUGAGAAGCCGGAGAUUUUAAAAGAAAAACCCGAUAUUUUUCAACGGUCAGGCUUACAGAUGAAUCCUAAAACUGUGGAAUGUUAUAUUGAAGAUCUCUACCCAGUUACACGUUCACUAUCAAGUAGUUUUCUCAACGAAAACACCGAAGAACCUCCCUUGCAAACACGACAACGUUCUAUGUCGAUGGAGUCGUUUUUCUUAAUGCUGUGUACGCCUGUGGCUAGCGAUGAAGGAUUAAAAGGAAAUGCAAAUGAAGCGGUUAAAGUUGCUGUUUCGGGGAAAGUUUUAGAAGCUGAAAAUGUUCCUGAAACGACAGCGCAGUCAAAAGGUGAAAUAAAUUCUGCUGUUGAUUCUCGGACCGAUAAUGUUAUUUGUUGUGAUUCAAAAAGCUUAAGUAUUGAUGACGAAACAAGUGAAGUUUGUGACGUAGAAUCAAACUCCACAAACGGCUCGUGGGAUAUAUUGGAUCUCGAUGAUAAAGAUAUUGCCGAAAGCUCAAAUCAAAAUUUAAAGAAUUCUGCUGCAUUGGCCGAAGUACAGUCAUCGUCCAAUGUAGUGAAUGCUAAUAUGGAGAUUCCUAUUACACCCAGUACAGAUACAGAUACAUCUAUGUCAUCGUGUAGCGAAAGCGACGCAGCAGAAAGCACUGCCAGCGAGAAAAUUGACAGCAAUUCGAUACAAUGUACAUUUUCCGAGGACAAUGCCCACGAAACUGACAAUGUUUCGCUAAUUUCGACCGAGGAGGUAGCUGUUAAUAAAGAAGAGAGAGAAACUGUGGAGGAAAAACUAACCCUAGUUCACACGCCAAAGGAAUUUAGCUUAUCUUUGCCAAGUCAAAUUCUACAUAACAAAGAAGCUUGUGACAAAAAUGCGGUUUCCAAACCAGAGCAAAAACCCGAUUUUCUUGACCGCACUUCAGCGCUUUCCAUUACCAGCUUUUCCGAUAUCGAUUGUAUACCUUGGGAUUCAAAACAGCAAGUAAAAUAUGACACGGGAUCCCUGGGCACUACGGCAAGUCAACUGUUAGACAACCAUUCAACUACAGCCAAUGUUUUACCUGAUGAUCCCCCAAUUGAAAAAAGUGAACAAGAAAAUUUAAAACAAACAGAACCGGUUGGCAGCGAGCAAAACAAGCCAGACGAAGACGUGCAAAAUAUUUCUGCAUCACUCUAUGCCAACCUGAAUGAAAAUUUUGAAUACGAAAAUUUAAGAGAAACAAAACCAGUCGUCAGCGAGCAAAAUCAACCUAACGAAGAUGCUGUGCAAAAUCUUUCUGCUACCGAGACACCUGAACCGGAAGAAGUAAUAGAUUCAGUUGGCGCGCUUUCUUUUGCUGGUGACUCCAUCGCUAAAGUUCUCACACGUCGUAGAAGAGCUGCGCAAUUCAUGCGAGCGGCAAGCGCUGCUGUUCUUGUGAGAAAAGCAAAGACCAAUGAAAGCGCGAACAAGAGUGAUCCGGAAGACGACGACGUGGCUGAGGCCCUUUGCGAUGUGAUGGAUCUCGUUAGUCCUCGUUUACUGCGAUGGAAACAGAACAUUAUAUCAAAUGAAGGAGAAAAUGACAGAGGACGUGGCUUCAACUCGAUCCUGAAAGGCGUUGUUAUAAUUUCUGUUCUGGGAAUCGUAUUCUUUUCCUCUUGGAAAUAUUUUGAACUUUAAUUCUUCAAUUUAUUCGUACAGUAAUUGAACGCAAUCCUGCGCCUCCUCAAUUACAUAAUCUAAAAAUCAAACGCGGGUAGGAGUAUGAAACAGAACACCCGUGUUAUAACGACUGGCUUUGCUCCGCCACGCGAAGAUAAAUAAGUUAAAUUCAAUCAUUCAUUCGUAGUCCAAUCGUACUAAAUUAACUUUAAACACUUUAAUAGAUUUUAAAAGGAACCUAUUCGAAUGUUUAUUCAUACACCUGCAUUACAUAAAAGCGCUUAAUUUUAUCAUGGUACUCUAUUUCUAUACUGUAACUGUAUUCUGUAUAAUUUAUUUGUCUUCAUAAUUCGCAUUUAUUUAUAUGUACGCAAUGUGGUCUAUUUAUUAAUUGUGGUCAUAUCAUCAUACUGUUGUUUCUAUGUUUCAUUUGGAUUAUUGCUGUGAUUACACAAAAUUUGCCCUGAA